GAGCAGAGAAGCUGAUAGGAAGAAGGCUUCAAGUGUCCUACGUUUAGGGAUAAUAAGGAGUCAGCUCUCUAGGCUCUCCGUAAGGUUACCUGAGUGGGGCGGGCAUUGUGUGGGAAAAGGCUGGUGCGGAAUGUGUGAGUCACACUGAUCUCCCGGGGCUCCAGAAGUCAGGAUUUCUCCUCGGGGCUCCGGAUCCCCAUUCGCACCAAGUCCUCAGCAUUUAUCUGGCUCCUUAUUGCAGGAUGGCGCCAGGCGACAGCUACAGCUCUUCCAGAGUCUUGGCAAGUCCCGUUCCAGAAUCCAGGUGAAGUCCAGGAAUUGGACACAGCCAUUCAAAUUCUUGAACUGUAUCUGUGCUGAAAGAUUUAAGUUGGACCUCAGCUGGUGGAACUUGGCUGUAACCUAAGAAGUACGGCAAAGAAUUUGUGGAUCUUCAAUUAAGGGGAAAAAAAUGCGUUUCUCAUCAGGUGAUCCUCAUGGAGCUCUUUUUUUCUCCUCUUUGUCUCCUGAGAAAACAUGUGAUUACAGUUGGUGUAUCUGCACAGAUUUCAUGAAGAAUACAGUGCGAUGCUAGUUGACUUGGUAGGUUCUCUCCUCAAUGUGAUUAAAAAAAAAAAAAAUCCUUCACCGUUACAGAAGUCAAUUUAUCCUGAGCCUACCCAGCCACUUGUUGCAGGGGUUACUUUGGAAAUACCAUGUCUAAGAACGUGGAGAUUAUCAAUCUAUCAUUUUUAUUGGAACAUGAGAAGGAAAUGAUCCUGGGAGUCUUGAAAAGAGAUGAAUAUUUGAAAAAAGUGGAGGACAAGAGAAUAAGGAAGUUGAAAAAUGAGCUUUUAGAAGCAAAACGGAAAGGUGGGAAGAGGCAGCAAGAUGGCGGCAGGAUUUGUGUUCGAUGUCAGAAAAACCUGGGCUUAAUUUUUGACCGGGGGAACUUAUGCCAAGCCUGCAUGCUCCGAGUUUGCAGUGAAUGUCGGAUUGUAGGCAUUGAUGGCAACUGGAAGUGCACAGUCUGUGCCAAGAUUGCGCAGCUAAGGAUUGUAACAGGUGAAUGGUUUUUCGAAGAACGGGCAAAGCGCUUCAAACAAGCCAACAUUCUGGGCACAGAUGUUGUCAGACAAUCCAUUCUAAGAAGGAAUCCAGAAGGACCGGCAAAACCAAGAGAAGCCCUCCAGGAUACUAAGAAGCCAGAUGCUUCAGCUUGUUCAGGGCAGAAGCCCUCAAUGGAUGGACCCAAGAAGAAGGGAUUUCUGCUUAGCAAAUUCAGAUCCGCAACCCGAGGGGAAAUCAUAACUCUGAAAACAGAGAGUGGAAGGAGCUACAGCCUUGGACCUGAACUCCUCUCAUUUCAUAACCCAGAUCAUCAUCUGUGGUCAGAUAGGGGAAGUGUCUCACUAGACAUAAAUGAACAGGAAGCUAAUCCUGUGAGCAUGAAAGGUAACCAGGGCAAUGGCACCAUGCCUCGGACACAGAGGUCACCAGCUCCAAGUACGCGAAGCAUGAGUUCGGCUAGCAGCAGGGAUCAUGGUUUAGAUAAUGCCAUGGUGGUGGCUGCCAGCGAAAGUAUCCCUGAAAGUUUAACAAAAAGACAUCAGAGGAGGGCUUCAGGAACUCCUUCCAUAGCCAUCUCUGGAGUCUCCCUGUCUUCAGACAGGAGUCGGUCUGAGUUAGAUUUGAGUGGGUCAUUUUCAGAAGGAAUGGAGGAUACCAUCAGCAUAAGAAGUAAAUCUGUUCCUGGCGCUUUAGACAAGGACUUGGACUUCUUGGAUGAAACUGAAGAAGACAUUGAUGAUUUGCUAUCCUCUCAGUUAUCUCCAAAUGUCAACAGUUUAGGAAGUAGAUUAUCAUCUAACUCUCAAGCAGGCUCUGAUAAGAAAUGGACCUACUUAAAUGUUCCCGAUGUGGAUUCUGAUACUACCAGCCUUAACAGCAUGAUGAGUGUUUAUAGUGAAACAGGGGACUAUGGCAACGUGAAGGUCAGCGGCGAAAUCCUUCUGCACAUCAGCUACUGCUACAAAACCGGCGGGCUCCACAUUUUUGUAAAGAAUUGCAGAAAUCUAGCCAUAGCAGAUGAAAAGAAACAGAGAACAGAUGCUUAUGUUAAGUCAUACCUUCUUCCUGACAAAUCUCGAAACAAUAAACGGAAGACCAAAAUCAGAACAGGCACCAAUCCAGAAUUUAAUGAAAUUCUAAAGUAUACCAUUAGCCACACUCAGCUAGAAACAAGAACCCUUCAGCUUUCUGUCUGGCAUUAUGACCGUUUUGGGAGGAACAGCUUCCUUGGAGAGGUGGAAAUUCCUUUUGAUUCAUGGAACUUUGAAAAUCCAAGUGAUGAGUGGUUUGUGCUCCAGCCCAAGGUGGAAUUUGCUCCAGAUAUUGGUCUUCAAUACAAAGGAGAGCUGACCGUGGUCUUACGCUACAUUCCCCCUGAGAGUAACCUAAUGUUCCCGCUCGAACAGCUUCAAGGAAAGAAGAGCUUUAAAAAGGGAAAGAAGAAAGAGCCUUCUUUGCUUUCUGGGGGGCUAUUAGAAGUGUUGAUCAAAGAAGCCAAAAAUUUGACAGCAGUAAAGUCAGGAGGUACCUCGGACACUUUUGUGAAAGGGUACCUGCUUCCCGAUACCACCAAAGCCACCAAGCACAAAACCCCUGUAAUCAAAAAGAACGUUAACCCCCAGUGGAAUCAUACUUUCCUGUUCAGUGGCCUGGAUCCCCAGGAUAUAAAGAAUGUUUGCCUAGAACUGACAGUCUGGGACAAAGAGGCUCUCGCCAGUAACAUAUUUCUUGGAGGCGUUCGACUGAACUCUGGCAGUGGUAUAAGUCAUGGGAAGGAGGUGGAUUGGAUGGAUGCUCAGGGUGAAGAGCAGCACCUCUGGCAGAAGAUGGCAAACAGUCUUGGUGAUUCUGUUGAAGGGGUGUUGAUGCUGAGAUCUAGCAUGGGCAAACGUAGACUCUAAGAGGAUAUUCGUUCUGCCCAAGGAGGAGUCUCCAGCUGCCAGCCGGGCAUCUCUGGUCUCAUAGUCUUCUACAGAUAGCAUGCCUGAUUCCAGCAAUUCCGUUUCACCGGCAUUUUGCACUUAGGGAUAUCGGGAAAGAUGGAGGAAGACUUCUACAUCCUGAAUGUUUGGGUGCUUUUGUUGUGUGACUUACACAGCCCAUAUAUCUAAAUGUCCCCAAGCCAGCAUCCUUUUCAUUUGCUGUUCAGACAAGUGUCCUCUUUUCAUCCAGUAUUGUUGAAGAGCAAUCCAUUCUUGGAUUUCAAGAACCGAGAGAUUCAAAGGAAAUGACAAAAGGUCUUAUGAAACUAAGGUGUAGCUAUCAGGUGCCCAACCCUUUCCUCAUGAGAAUCUAAUUUUGAUUUCUCGCAAGUCUUAGGAUUACCUGAGGGUGGAAAGGCAAAGGCUACUGAAUUUAACAGGCACAAUUACUUAGGGAAGAAUCUGUUGACUACCUUCCCCUCUCCACUGGGUGUCCCCAUGAGAUGGAAGAUGGGCUGGCAACCCUUAGAAAGCUUAAGCCAAAAGUCUGACUGGUAGGUUGUGAUGAACCUGUUGGUGACCCCUGGCACAAAUAUGUUUGUCAGCCAUACUAACUUCAAAGGAGCCUGAAAUUAUACCCUAUCUAUAGGCUUUUGCCCUUUUGUUUACAUUUACUUUCCCUCAGUGACUUCCUUGUUAAAUGAAAAGAAUCUUCAAUACCUCUUCUGCCCCGGGGGCAGCUAGGUGGUGAAGUGGAUAAAGCACCAGCCCUGGAUUCAGGAGGACCUGAGUUCAAAUGUGGCCUUAGACACUUGACACUUACUAGCUGUGUGACCCUGGGCAAGUCACUUAACCCCUGUUGUCCCACCAAAAAAAAAAAAACACCAUCUUCUACCCCAUUAUGGGAUGGAAUAAGCACUGGUAUUUAACAUGGUCCCUUCCACCUCCCUCUAUAUUGUAGAAUUUUGGGACAUUACCCCAAAGAUAGAUCCUACCAUGGAUUGAUCAGGUAUCAAACAGUUGAGUCAUAGAGCUUCAGAGCAGAAAAGGAUUUCUAUGACCAUCUAGUCUAUUUGACAGAUGAGUAUUUCAAAGAGAUGAAACAGUGAGGCAGAGGACUCAGUGCUCUUGGGGACGUGGGCAGGUCUCCCAGGAGGUACAGAAAGACAGGACACCAAGAAGGCAGGUGAGUGUGUCCAGUUGUAUCAAUUCUGAGCAGACAUGAAUGUCGAUAUCUUCAGGAGUCUUCACCUGCCUCCUUUUUUUAACCUUUGCAUUCAGCUUCGUGCAAGCUUCUUUAAGGGUAGAGGAUACUUCAUUUUGUCUUUGUUUUAAAACAUCUACACAGUGCACCUGACACAUAGUAGAUGGUCAAUAAAGACUUGUCGAUUAUUUGAUUAAUUUGUCCAGGGGAGAGGGUGGUGUGGAAGGGGAAGGGAAUAAGCAUUUACGAAAUGCCUACUAUGUGCAGGCACUGUGCUAAGUACGUUACGAAUAUUAUUUCAUUUGAUCCUCACAAUGCUAGGAGUGGGGUGCCAUUAUUAUCCCAUUUUACAGGAGGGGAAACCAAGGCAAACAGAGGUUUAGUGACUUUCUCAAAGGAACACACAAAGUGCCUGAGGCUCAAUUUGAACUUCAAUCUUCCUGACUCCAGACCCAGCUCUCUGUCCCCUAUGCCACCUACUUGCCUUACAUGAAGUAGCAUAGACUUCUUAUGUCCUGUGGAAAUAAGGAUAUUAAAAUACAGAUAUAAAAUUUUAGGAAGGAAUGGUAGUUACAAAAUACAGGGAUUUAUUUUAUAGAGUGGGAAAUGCAUUAACAAAGAUCAGCCUUGAGGGUGAAAUGAGAAAUCUGCAUAGAGACCAGCUCAUCAGAGUUCUUGUUUAUUUUGUCCUUCAUGUUAGGAAUCUAGGUUCUCUUAGGGAUACCUUUGAAGAUGAGGGAUGUGUGAAAGUGCAGAGACAACUGACCUUGGAGUAAAGAGGACCUGAGUUCAAGUCCUGAUUGUGACAUUCACAGGCUGUCACAGUGUGACCACAGAAAAUCAUUGGAGCAGUGCCCCAGGCCACUUUACAAAAUUCUCAAUUAUAAAGAAGUUAGCAAUAUGCAUGGGUGGAAGGAGUGUUUAUACCAGGAAUUCUCUACUCUGAUAUAAUUACAGGUGUGAAUAACAACAAAAAAAGACUCAUGAAUUGUCUUAAUACAUAUGAAAGACGUCUGUGUGUGUGACAUCAUGACAAAAGAAGUCCUUUACUUCAGCAAAAGUAAAAAGUCCAACAGAAAAAAGAACUGACCGUCAGUGUCAACUUUCCAGGGUUUUAGUCCCCAACAGCAAGACAGUCAAGUCACACCGCUCUUUUUCCUCAGUUUGUCUACCUAUAUAAUAUUGACCCUUCCUUUCCUGUACUUUGAUGGCUAUGAAGGUCCUUCAAAGAACAGGCUACUCUGUGCAUGUGAGAGUGUUACUUACGAAUAGGUAGGUGGUUUGGUAAAGGCUAGAAUGAUUGUCAGAUCCACUCUGGAAAGUUAUUUAACCUUCAGGUUCCUGACUCAACCUUGAGAAUAUAUUCAAAAAAGUAACUGAUAAUAUUUGUGAUAAUAAGGUCCUCACCAGCAGUAUUCCAAGGAUGCAUCUCUUGCUUCUGGAAGAUGGAAGCCAACCUGCCCAACCUAAUUGGUUUAUUGGGUUUCUUCAUUAUCUCACAUCCUACCUCUUCAUUAAAACAAAACACAACAAAGGAAAUCUUUUCAUUACUUUCCAUAUAAGGAGGAGAGAUAAAUAUGAUCUACCUUCAGACCUGAUUAAAGUUAUAUAGUUUAUAUUGAAAUUUUUAGAAUGGGAUGGAGACCACUGGCUGGUAUAUAAUUCCAAAUUAUGUCAAUGAGAUUAUCUCAUCCUAUGGGGAGAGAAGGAAGCUGCUAAGUGGCUCAGUGGAUAGAGUGCUAGGCUGGAGUCAGGAAAACAUGAGUUCGAAUCCAGGCUCAAACACUUACUACCUGUGUGACUUAGGGUAAGUCACUUUUUGCCUACAAGGCAACUAGUUGGUUCAGUGGAUACAGUGUUCGGCUGGAGUCAAGAAAACCUGAGUUCAAAUCCAGGCUCAGAUACUAGCUCUGUGACCAUGGGCAAGUCACUUCACCUCUGUUUGCUUCAAUCCACUGGAGAAGGAAAUGGUAAACCACUCCAGUAUUUCUGCCAAGAAAACCCCAUAAUGGUAUGGCCUAUGGGAUCAUGAAGAGUAGUGCAUGACAACAACUACACAACAAAAAGGGAUAGAAAGGGGAUCAGUGUGUUAAUAUUACUUUAUCAGCUUCUUACCUAUCUAGCAAGUAGGCAGGGGCCUUUGAAACUAAACUGAGGUUUCAAAAGAAAGCUUUGUGAGUAGUCAGCCACAGCCAUAACUGGCCAUGUUUCUGUGUUGUGGCUUUUAUAAAAUCUCCCUCACUUGGUUUCUCUGUGAUUUGAAAAUUGGUCAUUUUAAACUUAAUAACAUAUUAAUGCCUACUAUCAGGUACUGUCCUAGGCACUAAAAAUAGAAACAAAAAUGAAAGUCUCCAGGGACUGACUUACCUUAUAGAAAGGGAGACAAAGGAGGACCAGAAUCACAGAGUAUCAGAGCUGAGAAGGAUUUCAGUCACCUAAUUCAAACCCCUCAUUUUACAGAUGAAGAUAGGGGGAUCAUGGGAGAUUAAGGAAUCUGUCUUAACAUUGCAAGAUUCAAACACAAGUAUUCUGCUACUCCAGUGUCUCACACUGCCUCCCAUCAGGCUCUAUCUCUUCGAAGUAAUUGACAGGGGGCAGCUAGGUGGUACAGUGGAUAGAGCACCGGCCUUGGAUUCAGGAGGACCUGAGUUCAAAUCUGGCCUCAGAAACUUGACACUUACUAGCUGUGUGACCCUGGACAAGUCGCUUAACCCUCAUUGUCCAGCCAAAAAAAAAAAAGGUGUAAUUGACAGAUUGAUCUUAUGAUUUAUGGUCAUCUACAUAGUUCCCAAAUAUUUUUAAAAACGAUGCUGGCGGGAAGCUAGGUAGAGCAGUGGAUAAAGCAACAGCCCUGGAUUCAGGAGGACCUGGGUUCAAACUGGCCUCAAGACACUUGACAAUUAACUAGCUGUGUGACCCUGGGCAAGUCAUUUAGCCCUCAUUGCCCCUCAAAAAAACAAAACAACAAAAAAACACUGCUGAAGAAAGUUGAAAAAUAUAAAGAAUAUAAAUGACAUGUUUUAAUGGGAUAUUAGGUAUGAAAGGCAAUGCAGCAUAGCAGAGAGAGAGCCAGACUGGGAAUCAGGAAGAACUGGGGUCAAGGCCCCCUUCUGACAAUUAUUGGCCUUGUGGCCCUGGGCAAAUCAUAUAACUUCUCAGUGACACAGAUAAUUCUUUAAGUCCAGAAGCUGCAAACCAGUGACUGAUCUGCACUGGAGGAAGGUUUCCUUAACAGAAGGUCCUAAACCAUUGAAAUCACAGGUUGAGGGCAACUAGGUAGCACAGUGGAGAGUCUGUGCCUUGGAUUCAGGAGGACCUUAGUUCAAAUCUGGCCUCAGACACUUGGCACUUACUAGCUGUGUGACCCUGGGCAAGUCACUUAACCCCAAUUGCCUCACCAAAAAAAAAGAAAAAAAUCACAGGUCCAGAUCACCCAACCCCAGCCCCCAAAUUAGAUUUUGACCCUAUACCUUUUAUCUGUCCUUAUCCUUUCACUGGGCUUUCUGUUCUAACCAGACUAGAGUGGAAUGGUAGCCCAGAAGCUAUCUAGUUCAAAUCCCUAAUAUAACAGAUGAGGAAACUGAAUUGUCCAUGGUGAUAUAGACAGUUAGCAUCAGACUGGGCAUUUCAACCCAGGUCCUGUCAUUCUCCGCACUGUGCUACCAGGCUGCCCCUCUGAAAGCUGCUGUAUGAUCAGAUCCUGACAUCUGGCAUUUUCAUGGGCAAAAUCUAAAUAAGCUUCUUAAUACGGUGCAUCAGACUCCUAGCAGUGGAUUAUAGCAGAGAUAUUCUGAGACUUGUUUUGAAAUCGUGUACUCGGUUUUGGUUUUUUUUUUUUUUUGGCUCCCUUUUCAUAUUGAAUCAAUCAAUCGGUGAGCAAACAUUGUAUGAAUCAGACAUACCUACUGAAGAGCAGUCAGGUUAAAGGGGAUGUUGUCGGAUUUAAAAGCAUUUUUUUUUCAAAUGGCCUUUCAGAUAGCUUAGAAGAAGCACCUUAUUAAAUUUGCAAGCCUCACUUUAAAAGGAAGGCAGCAUUUCACUUCUUAUGUUAUUUCUGUUAUUCAAUUUGUCCCUUUGAAUUUUGUGUUCCCAUAAACAUUUAAAACCAAAGACAUUUUCUGAAAAUCAAAUUUGAUUUCUUCAACCUCUUUUUUCCAUUAAAAAAACACACUAUGGGGGCAGCUAGAUGGCGCAGUGGAUAGAGCACUGGCCCUGGAGUCAGGAGUACCUGAGUUCAAAUCCGACCUCAGACACUUAAUACUUAACUAGCUGUGUGACCCUGGGCAAGUCACUUAACCCCAAUUGCCUCACUAAAAAAAAAAAAAAAACACACACUAUGUGAAAUAUAUGACCCACCAACCUUUAAUUGCUGUUUGACUGAAUGAAUAAGUCCUAAGUCUGGCUCAUUCACAGUAAUGUCAUUUUUUAGCCAAAAGAUCUCUGUCAAGACCUGCUUAGGUAUGGGAAGGACCAUAGAAGAAAUACAAGUGCUCUUCACUUUUAACCACAGUGUGGUCCUGGAGCCUGCAUCUUAAAGUACACUGUCCUAAUAAUGGACCCUGACCAUAAAGCUGCUUUUGAAAGCAGAAGGAAAACAGAUGUCCAUUUAUCAUGCAACACUGAGCAAGAAGAAUUAUGAAAAUGCAUCAUUGAAAAAUGGAGACUACAUAUAUAACUAUGUAUAGGCUAGACCUAUAUGCUAUGUGAUGGAAAGGUGGCAAUAUGUGAGAGAACCCUGAAUUUUGAGCUGGUUAAGCUUUGUGGGUAUGAAGAAGGAAUCACAAUUAAGCAUUUGUUAAAUUACAAAUUUUAAUCUUAGUCAUCCCUGAAAUGUAUUAUUGUGUUAGAGCUAGUAAUGAUUCACAUUACUGAAAGUGUUUCGCUUGAUAAAAAGGUAAAUGUGACAGGUGCAUCUGAAAAGAACCGGGUUAUAUGAAAUGUUCUCUUCUAAAUUUUAUACUGACUCUGUGGCCUGAAGAAAGACAUGAUCCUUCUCUCUGCCUUAGCCCUCUGUCUUUACUUGAUGGGCAUUUACUUCCCCAAGAACAUGAAAGUUGUUAUGCAUUCUGAGGAGGAAUAUUGUUUAGAUGAAUGAUUUCUGCAAACACAGGGGAAAGCUAGGUGGCACAGUGGAUAAAGUACUGGCCCUGGAUUCAGACACUCGACAUUUACUAGCUGUGUGACCCUGGGCAAGUCACUUAACCCUCAUUGCCCUGUCAAAAAAAAAAAAAAAGCUGCAAGCACAGCUAGAAAGUGAUCCAUUUAGCUAGAACCCCAUAAAUACAAAAAGGUAGAAAGUUAGUCAUAAUGGCUGGCUUCUAGCAACAUGGAAUAGUGGGCGAUUUUGAGAAAAUCCAACUUCUCAAUAUCUAUUUCAAAUAGCUAUUGAAAUAUUACAUACAUAUAUACAUACAUAGAAAGAGAGAAGAAAUUUUUAAAAUUACAAAAGUUUCUCAUAAUAGGGAAAGUAACAAAUAAAUAAUCAAAAGAAAUUCAAUUAGACAGAAUUGUGCAACAAAAGAAACAAAAGCAAAGAUUUCAGAAUUUAUUGGCAUCAACAAUGACCUGUAAAAAACUAAAAAUAUUUAGAGGUGCAUUAACAUAAAUAAUAUGCACACUGAAGUAAAGAAAGAAAAAUAAAAUUGCAAAUGAUAAAAUUCAAUAACCUGGCUAUAUCAAUGGAGAAUAUAAAUUAAACUAUGGAUUAACUGAAAAAUAGAAUUAUUUUUGCUAAAGGAAGGACUGGUUAAAGCAAUGAAGGAAACCACGAAAACAAACAAAAAAGCUCAGAAAACUAUUUAAAUAGAAAAAAAAUGCUUGCAAGCUUCAUAAGCAAGGUGAGAGAUCUUGAUGACAAGUUCACAGAAAAAACAUCAGUGUUAAUUAACUCAUAAUAAAAAGGUAAAGAGAGAAUCUGACCACUUUAGAAAAUAGUACAUGAGAAAGUCUCCAGAUUGAGUGUAAUUAAGGGACAGAAUGCAGACUGACAUAAUUCAAAGGAAACUAUCAGGGCAGAAACUCAGAAACUCACCCAGAAAUUUUAUCAAACUCUGGAGCUCAAACAACAAAGAGAUGAUUUUUACAAAGGAUGGAAAUGAAAAAAAACAAAAUAUGCCAAAGAAUACCAAUUUGAAAUGCAUAGGAUUUUUCGCCAAAGAUAAGAAAUGACAGAAAUAACUGAAAUGUGCUUUUUCAAAAAUCAAGGAAAAUUGGAUUUCAUUUCAAAACAUCUAUUUAGCAAAAGUUACCAUCUUCUUAAGACAAAAUAUAGUAAUGUAAGAACCAGUAAAACAAAAAGAUAAAAUAACAGUACUUUGUUCAAGAACUCAAGGAAUUUGUGGAGGAGUGAAUAAAUCUUAACAGUUUAUCUCAUGCAAAAGCAACAAUAACACAGAAUUUCUCCAGACCAUAAAACCCAAAGAGAACUUUACAACCAAAUAAUAAUAACAAAGUUUUUGUUUUAAUUUAAUAUCUCUCUCAAUGUAAUCACCAUAUAGUUAAAACAGAAUUUUUGUACCUCUUUUUCAUCAGGAAUAGAUGUAGGCUCAUCACAUGCAUUACCAAGUGAGAUGACCUUGGGCCAUCAGAAUACAAAGAUACUUAGGAAACUAUGUCAUAAAGACAAUUAGAAAAUCAGAAAUGCAGCUAUGCAAACCCAACCAUAAAUAUAGUAAUCUGGACAGAAAGCUACAGAAAAUUGGAGAAAGUAGUAAAUUUAGCCAUAGCUAUACAAAGAUAGAAACAUGGCUAGAAAACUAGAAAUCUUUUCAGAAAUCUAAAAUUACAUUCAGAAAGUUUCAGACAUGGCCAGGAAGGUCCAGAUUGGGUUAAGAGAGAUGUACAAAGAUAGACAGAAACCUGUAAAAACUCAGCAGCUAGAAGACUACCAACAAAUGAGCAAACUAAACACAGCUAGAAAUCCAGAGAUCUUACUACGAAAGCUAGAAAGAAACACUGCUUGUUUUCUAUUAAUAUCACUGGAAAUGGGGGCAGCUAGGUGGUGCAGUGGAUAGAGCACCGGCCCUGGAUUCGGGACCUGAGUUCAAAUCAGGCCUCAGACACUUGAUACUUACUAGUUGUGUGACCCUGGGCAAGUCACUUAACCCCAAUGGCCAUUUAGGAACAAAUGGUGCUAGUAGGUGGACAAUCUAGCCUGAAUACUGCAGAGAGAUAUGUUACCAUUCUGGAGGAACCUAUUUCUUAAAAAUAUACCCUAAUGUUGUAUAGUAUGAGUCAGUAUUUCAGUGGAUUGUAUCUGUGAACAUAUUAAGAUAUUUUCACCCUCAAUAAGGCCAAUCAUCACCCACCCACUUUCUCAUCCUUUGUAGAUCUUGCCCAUGCAUUCCUGUAAAUUCUUGACAAGGGGGUGUCAACUCAAAGUGCUAAAACUGUUAGAUCUUUGAGCAUUUCAUGGAUACCAGGGAGGGCUUACAAAAUGGUCAUUGGUAACCCUGCAUUCUCGCCACCUGGUCAUCCCAUUGUCCUGGUAGUGAUGUCCUUAAUGAUGCUCCUCAUAUGCAAUCCUUCACUGGUAAUAUGCAAGAGCCUGCUACAAUCAACAUGUACUUUAUUACUGCCUUUUGGGUGACUCCACAACUUGAAUUCUUCUGAGACUAUAGUAGUCCAUGAUUUAACAUGACCAGAAGAAUAUCAAUUCAUGCAUCUAGGUCAUCUAUGUUGAAGGUAUGAGGAGGGAAGGGCAAGCUUUUGCAAAUGAUAUUAAAGAACAACCCACAUGUAAUUUGAUUUGAUGACAUACUGAAUAUUUUAAGUGAAGCAUGUAACGGGGAAAUUUAUGUUCGCUAAAAUAAUAUACUAGACCUCAUUAACUCUUUAGAAUUUAUUAAACUGCUUCUUAGGACACUUGCUUCUGCACUCAAAGGAGAAAGAAAAAUAUUUUUAAAUAAUAUUGAUUAUUUAAUAACAAAGGGAAAGAAUCGAGUGGGCUGCAAAUGUUUUUCUUGGAUUCAUUAAGAAUUCUUCUUUACUUCUCUUUUUGAUAUUCAGAUAGAGAAGAGCUUGACAGUGGGUAGUAAACAAAAAUAAUAAUUAAAAGGGAAAUAGUCAAUAGUUUGUUAUUAAAUAAAUCCCUCUUAAGAGAGGAAGAGAAACAAAUCACUGGGUGAAACUGCAUAUUCUGCUUUCACUCAGUUUUUUAGAGCACUAUUCUUUAAGUUCAUUUUUCAGGAGUUGUUAAUUUUUGUUCCAAAAUGUUUUAUUGAUGCUUCAGUUAUUUUCCAAUAUACUUCACUCUCCAAUGAAUCCUCUCUUGAGAAGAACAGUAAAAAGAACCAGAAGAAGGAGGAGGAGAAAGAAAAAUGGAAAGAAAAAUAUUCACAAUAAUUACAAAAUGCAUAAAAUACGUGUGUAAUAUCUAUUAACAUCUAUAAAGAGAAUCAAGACAUAUAAAGACCACUGUAACAGGCACUGGUCUUGACCAAGACUUAAAGGGGAGAUUUCUCUAGGCCAGAGGUAUUGAACAUCUUCUAGUGGCCCACAACACUCCCAGUGCAGACUGAAUCAAAUUAAAAUGUAAUUAGGAGGGGCAGCUAGGUGUCACAGUGGAUAGGGCACUGGCCCUGGACUCAGGAGGACCUGAGUUCAA